AUGGAGGACCACCGCCCGCAUAAGCGAAAACGCACGACCCUGGCAUGUGAUGCCUGUCGAGCGCGGAGGACCAAGUGCGACUCGCAGAGGCCGUCCUGUCGUUAUUGUCAAAGCCAAGGACUUGACUGUCUCUACCAAGAGGCCCCAGCGGAGCCGCCCAGUCGGGUAGAAGAAGAAUUGAAUGCCGUGAAUAAACGACUUGAUCAACUAAUCAGCCUAAUGCUUCCAGCGCAGCCCGUUUCCCCAGAUGUUCGUGCUGGGGAUCCGCGAACUGAAUAUGAUGUGUUGACCAAUCAGGAAGAUUCGCCAUUCGAUUUACCUUCUAAGCUACUUGGUAAUCCGUCUGUUAUGCUUGCACUCGGACUCGAUGCAGAUUUCGCGCAGGUCCUAACCCGAAAGGAACGAAUUACAGGGCCCGAGGGGCUGGCGAAUGCAGGUGCACAGGUGCUUGUUGUUCAUUAUCAGCAUGCAGUGAGCGCCUUGGCUGCAUUCUCUGCUCGCGUCCACACCUGGUAUCCCAUUCUUCCCUCAGGAUUUUCGCAGGAAUACUUCCGGGUUCUCUCUGGCCCCUUACUUCCUUCUUCGGAAUCUUGCCUUUCACUUCUUGUGGCAGCAGUCGGCCAUAUAGUAGAGGAAGACGAGGCAGUCUUAGAUACGCCAUACUUCGCAACAGCUCUUGCCGCGCUGCCAAUCAUCAUCGCCGAGUGCAGUAUUCGCAGUGUCCAAUGCUUGAUGAUGGUUAGCUUGUAUUAUUGCUGUUUAUUAAAGCCCUGUCAAGCUCAUGACUAUUGCUUAAUUGCGUCUUCCAAAGUCCAGAACAUUAUGAAAAGUGGACUGGAAGGUGAUGAUCCACAUACAAUUGAACAGACUCGGCGAGCGUACUGGGGUGUGCUAUUACUCGAGAACGAGAUCGGCGGCCAACUGGAUGUUGCCAAGAGUGGUAUCUGGUGUCUGGAUGAACAUGUUCCACUGCCUCUAUGCCACCAGACAUGGCAAUUUACACCCGAGAGUACACCCGCAGCAAUUGCAUCGUCUCCUUCCCCGGGUAGCGUACCUUCCACUGACACAAGCGUGCAAAAUAUGGAAUCUUAUUUCCUUGCUGAGAUUGCUAUGAGACGUAUGCUACAUCGAUGCAACACAGCUGUCCAGGUGACGUCCGGCGGAAAAUACGUCUAUGCACCAGGUAUCGCACUGGAGCUGGAACACCAGCUUGAGGAGUGGUAUCGUUACCUGCCCGAAAUGAACUCUUUCGGAAAAGGCGAUGUGUCACAGCCUUUAGCACUGGUCAAUAUACCAUCCUGUCCUCUGUCGAACUUCCUACGGGUCCAAUACUACUGCUGCAAGCUUUCCAUAUAUUGGCCGGCUGUUUAUCAGGCCAUGCAAGAUGGAGCUGUUACAAACAUCCUGCUUGAUCAUUGCCAGAAAUUCUUCGAUUCUUACGCGCUGCUGAUACCGAGUAUUGUUACCGCAUUUCAUGACUGCCGAGUGAACAGGUGGACAUUAUUUGUCAGGUGGGUUUACAAUCUAUAUGCUGAAAUCGGUAAAUAUGUUUUCGCUAAUAUUGAGAGAUAG